ACAUGGCUUGCGGUCGUCGCCGCCCGAGAGAAGAUGGAGGUGCCGAGCCAGAUGUCGCGACUGGACCUCGUCUUCAGAGUCCUCACUUCUUCAAGAUCAUUCUCCCCGACACCCUUCAAUCUGUGAAGCUCGGAAUUCCGAAAAAAUUCUUAGGAAGAUAUGGAAAGGAUCUCUCAAGCUUGGUGCUGCUCAUGGUACCGGGCAGUUUGACUUGGACCAUAGAAAUAGAAAAGUGUAAUGACGACGCGGUUUGGUUGUGGAAAGGGUGGCGAGAAUUUAUGCAACAUUACUCCAUUGGUGAUGGUCACCUCAUAGUUUUCAAAUAUAAAGGGAACUCCACUUUUAGCGUGAUAAUAUUUAAUAAGAGUGCUUCGGAGAUUGAUUAUUCAUCAAGCAGCAUAUCGAACCUCGGGAGUGGAUUUAUCUUGCCAAAUCAGGAGGAUGUGGUAGAAGUUGAAGAUUCGGUGGAUUCCGCUCCUCGGCAAAAAAUGAGCGUCGAACCUCAUUCCCCAUGUUCUCAGCUGAGUCCAAGCUGCUCAUCGCAAGAUCUCGAAGAUGAGGUUGGACGGUCUACAAGCAGAGCUAGCCAUUCUAAGCCGGUUUUUGGUGGUUCUACGACUCUAUGGCCUCUCUCUAGUUUUGAAUUAGCUAGCGAAUUUGACUCAGAGUGUCCUUUUUUCAAGGUGGUGAUGCGGCCAUCUUAUAUUAAGAAUGAAAUGUAUGUUCCUCGUAGGUUCAUCAUGCAACACAUUCUGGAAAUCAAGGAAAUUGCGACUCUCAGGCAUUCAGACAGAUCGUGGCCGGUGAAGCUUAGGCGCUGUCCACAUUCAGUCCGCGGGGCGAGCUUCUCUUCUGGUUGGGACGCAUUCGUGAGAGAAACGCGCUUGCUUGUAGGAAAUGUCUGCGUGUUCGAGCUAAUUGAUAGGGAUGAUGUUGUGUUCAGAGUCCACAUUUUCAGUAGUGCAGGCAGGUACAAACGGUCCAAAUGCAGAGUGGACCAUCAUGAGCCAGUAUUUCAUGAUCCUACUCCUCCGAGGCUUCUCACUACUCCUGAAUUAGCGAGAGAAUUUGAUUCGGAGCAUCCUUUCUUCAAACUGGUGAUACGGCAGUGUCAUUUGAAAAAACUGACUUUUCACAAUCGAUUCAUCAGGCAACAUAUGCAAGAAAACAAGGGAACGGCAACUCUUAGGUAUUCAGACAGAUCGUGGCUGGUGAAGCUCUUAAGAUGGAAGAAAGAGCGAGCGGCGUUCUCUGCUGGUUGGUCUACAUUUGCAACAGAAACUCAUUUGCGUGUAGGAAAUGCCUGCGUGUUCGAGCUCAUUGAUAGGGAAGAUAAUGUGUUCAAAGUUUCCAUCUUCAGUAACGGGGGUAGGGGCCAGAUUCACAUCAAUUGAGGUGGUCGUGGGAUGUGUUACUAUAUACAGUUCACAGCAUCGAUAUGGAUGCAGGAUUCCCAAGUAUACGUCCUUCAUCCAGCAAUGGCGAAUCGGUGAAAAGGGGACUCUUUUUUGUUCAUGUUCUCUUGUUUUUUCGGUGGUAGUUUGGGUUCUGUAGUUCCAUUUUGGGAAGAAUGCCUCAUGUUUGGCUCUUCUUUAAGGUUUAUGGUUCAUAUGUACUUUCUUAACUUCUUAACGUUUGGUGUUAAGCCAG